AUGCUUGCUCGCUUGGCGCCUUUGUGCCUCUCCGUUCAAUGUAUAUAUUGCCAGCAGAUUAGAGCAAAGAAUACCAGCCGCCAGAAGCAACAUCUCCUCGAGUGUCCCGCCCUGCGCGGUCACAAUCCUCCCCAUCCUCAGUCCGCCCCGACCAAUGGCGUAGGCAACGUCAAUGGUUACGGCGCUGCUGCAAACGGGCCUGCUGGUGGCCCUGGUGCCGGGUCAGCCACUGCCACCCUCCCUUCUGCCAGUAGCUCCAUGAUGACCAAUGGAGUUAACCCCCAUGGUAGUGCUUUGCAGACACCCAUGCAGAAUCUCUCCAGCCGCCCCUCCCUCCCUUCCCAAGCUCCUCCUCCUCCCUCUUCGUCCUCCGCCGCUGCUCAGUCACAGCAGCGUGCUCACAACACCCCCAAGUCUUCGAAGCAGCCCAGACAGAACACCUCAAGUCUCCCGGCUCCUCCGCUCGAUGACGUGCAUGCGGCCUUUGUAGAGUUCCGCGCGAAGGAAGAAGAUAAAUGUCUCUCUGUCCAAUGCAUAUACUGUCAACAAGUCCGUGCGAAAAACACGAGCAGACAGCGCCAGCAUCUGCUAGAAUGUCCCCCCUACCUAAAUGUCAUGAAGGAUUCAAUUCCUGCCAACAACCUUCAACACUCGUUCCCGGAAGGGGACAUAGCCCGCUCUCUGCAGCUCCCAACUCCCUCAUUGGAACUCGACUUCCGCAUGAGUGUUAAAUUAAACCCAGCGGUGACAGUUGGACAGGGCAUCUGGGGCCAAAGAGAUUGGAUCACGUUUGUUGGUGGACAAUGGGCAGGACGAUGGGGCAAAGGGAUUGUCUUGCCCGGAGGCCAAGACUCGCAAAUUGUCGUCAAGGAGCUCUCCACCCACAUCAAAGCAAACUACCUGUUGCAGACAGCAGAUGAACAACCAGCCUUCAUCGUUGCGAAGACCACAGGUUGGAUGACUGGUGCAAAGGACGUGCUGGAGAAACUUAGCGAUCCAUCCAUGGCGGAUUCGGUCAACCCUAACACGUAUAAAUACCGCAUCAACAUCUCCCUGGAGACCGGAGACGAGCGCUACGCCUUCGUGAACACGGUCAUGUGGGUUGGCAGUGGCUGUCGUCGCUCGUCGGAGGGUAAGCAAUCGAUCAUCUCUCAAUCCAUAGCCACGUUCAGCUAA